AUGGACCGCCAGUUUCUGUGCGGUAAUUGGUGUUUGACAUGCAUUACAACUGUUCGCGUGUCUGGAAUGUGUCUAUACACACACACGCACACACACAUCUUCGUUUUCCCUGACUUUUCCUUGCUUUUAUUUGCAUUUUCAUCAUCGUGGACUCUUUUCUUCAUUUUUUUAAAGUACGGUUCUUUCUGUCUUCCCUCUUUUGUGGCUGUCAACAUUUCUCAUUUGAUCCCUGGCCUUUUCUCCCCUCUCUCCGUCACCGCGAGAGGUAGCAGGAGGAGGAGGGGGAGACUUGCCUUUUGUUUAGUUGCUGCCGUAUUUGUGUGCUGUCCUUUUACCCCAACAUAA